CAUUCGUUUUAAUCACUUCACUAUUCACCAAAAUUUGACGUGUUGUGGGUUGAAAAAUGGAAAUCGCCUGAUAGUCAUGAAUAACUUUCAGCAGUAUAGUUUUGGCUAGCAAAAUCGUUAUGUAUAAUAUUAUGCGACGAAAUGUCGACAUUACGACAAUCAAUACAGUGAUACGAUGCUACAGUUUGUGCAGAAAAUCUCAUUACGAAAUUCUCAGGCUACGAAAAAACUGUUCCGACAAGGAAAUUAAAGAAGCGUUUAUAAAGUUGAGCAAGGAAUAUCAUCCAGACAAAAAUAAGGAUGUAAAUGCCCAACAGCAAUUUGUGCAGAUAGUGGAGGCAUAUAGCGUACUAGGUAAACCAGGUAGCCGGGCCCGUUACGACAGCACUAUUGAAGUGUACACCAAUCCUCGAUAUUACAGGAGUUAUGAUAGUAUGUACAACAACAUAAGGAACAGCCCGCCAUACAGUAAUUACUCGUACGAGACGUACAGCAAGGCGCGCCCGCGGCAAGACAAAGCUGAGGCCAAAUCGAGCGCGUACGCAGCGCGCGGUUUGAAGAAGAUACCCAACUACGUGCUUGUGUUACUGUGCUUCGGGAUCGCUUUUGUGGGAACCAUGUUGCAAGCUUUUGUUAUCAGGCGUAAACUCCGUCUACUGAUCCCGUCGGCGGGGUCGUCACAUUCACCGUAUAUCCCUAACGACCGCUACGAGCCACCCGACACUCCCGACGCACCGGACCCUGACGACGCGGGAUCCAUUAGGCAAGCCAUCGAGAGGAGCAAGUAUCUGGCGGAGGAACUGGACAAGGUGCGCGCGGCUGCCGACGGCAAUUCCAAUGAGAUGCAAACACGCAUAAUCCUCGAGAAAAUCGUUGGUUCUGCCAACCCGACGAUAGCCACAGCGUCGCUUGGUCAAGCCUUGGCCACAGAGAAAAAGUGAUUUUCAAUUUAGUCGCAUAAUAUUAUGAGAGUCUUAAUUAUGAGACGUAAUUUGUAUAUAAUUAGUAGAAUUUCUGAAACUGUUGUGAUAAUAAUUUGAAGUAGUAAGUUAUUAUAUAGUAUAUUUUGUGUCCUUUUGACGAUUGUAAUUAGUUGAGUAGUAGUCAAAGUACAUAAUAUUUAUUUUUGAUAACUACCUCAUUGCUUGUUGUGUUGUAAUUAUGUACAGUUUUAAAUUGAGAAUAAUUAUAAUAAAAAUAUUGUAAACAGAA